CCGUGAGAUGGUGGCCGUGAUGUCACAGUGGUGUCAGGGAGCGGCCAUUGUGACGCAUGAGGCGGGGAGCAGAGCAAAGGCUGCGGGGCUGGGGCCGUGCUCAGUGCGGCCUGGCGAGGCGUGGAGAGAGCAGCGACUCUCUUGUUUCUCGUCGUCGAUGCCAAUCAUGUCCAAAGGGACGGAGGAGGCCCCCAACUCUGGGGAGCCAGUGUGCGUGCUGUGCCGCCGGGCACAGGUCAACCCGGACAUCUGCGGGGAGACAUUUGCCAACGGUGGGCUCUGUGCCCACCAGUUCUGCUUGUUCUUUGCCAAUGGCCUUUUGGAAUGGAGAAGCCCAAUGGGGGGAAUUUUUGGCUUCUCCAUCAGUGCUGUCCAGCGCGCAGUCCAGCUGGCAGAGCAGAAGAACUGCUUUGUCUGUGGCGGGAGGGGAGCUGCCAUCACCUGUGCGGAGACCGGCUGCGAGCGCAGCUUCCAUCUGCCCUGCACUGAGGAUGGGGAAUGCAUCACCCAAUACUUUGGGCAGCACAGGUCCUUCUGCUGGGAGCAUCGCCCUCGGCAGGCAGCGGAGGCAGCUCCAUCUGAGAACACCAGCUGUGUCAUCUGCCUGGAGCCCGUGGGGGACAGCACGUCCUACCACACCAUGGUGUGCCCCGUGUGCAAACAGGCCUGGUUCCACCGGGGCUGCAUCAGGAAACAUGCCCUGCACGCUGCCACCAUGCGCUUCUUCUGCCCCGUCUGCGGAGGAAAAGGGCGAUUCCGAUCCCGAAUGACCACACUGGGGAUCCAAAUUCCGGUCAGACGACCAUCGUGGUGGGACGACGCAGCAUACCAGCCGCUGCGAGAAAGGCACAGGCGCUGUGAUGCCAGCAUGUGCAUUUACCUGGGAGGCAGGGAGAGGGCACAGGAAGAGGGGCGCUGGCGGCUGCUCCUCUGCAGCUCCUGUGCCGCAGAGGGCACCCACUGGAACUGCUCCUUCUGGUCCGCCGGCAGAGACACGUGGGAGUGCGACACCUGCGCUGGUGCGGGCACUGCCUCCCGCACCAACUCUGAGCUUGCCAGCCCCAGCACCCCCAGCCAGGAGCUAUCGGUGCCUUCCCACGGCUUUACAGGACCUGACAACACCAGCUCUGGUCCUGCUAGUCAGGCAGCAUCCAGCCCAUCCCAGCUGCCUGAGCUCAGCGCCCAGCCCGGAGUGCCGGCGGCUGAGCAGGAUACCACCCGCUCACGUCCAUCUGAGGAGCGGGACAUAUGUCAGCAGCGCCGAGGACGUGGUGGGAGGAGACGGGCUCCAGCUGCAGGCGCACGGUCCUCCAGAACCUCCCAGGCACCAGCGCCCACACAGCAUCCCAGGCAGCGGGGGGGCGGCCGCACAAGAAGCCGCUCCCCAUUGCAAGGCCGGGCCCCGGGCUCCCAGAGUCGGCCCCGAAGACAUUGUGGUGGGAGCCAUGCAACAACCCCAGGGGCUCAGAGAAGCACCCGCACCUCGGCCGCACCAGCAUGA